AUGGAUAUGAAGAAGAGGCUGGUAAUAUUAUGGGUCUGUAUGGUGUUAGUGUUAGGUAUGUCGGGGUCCACCAGAGCAAGAGCAAGAGCGAGACCAGCUAUUCGUAUAAUUAACUUUGGUGACUCAAAUUCCGACACUGGAGGAGUGCUGGCCGGUGCAGGACUUCCCAUUGGCCUUCCACACGGCAUUACCUUCUUUCACAGAGGCACCGGCCGUUUUGGUGAUGGUCGCCUCAUCAUUGAUUUUUUCUGUGAACAUCUGAAGCUGAGCUAUUUGAGCCCAUAUCUGGAGUCCUUGGCACCAAAUUUUACGAGUGGCGUAAAUUUUGCAGUAGCUGGAGCCAUGACUCUACCACAAUUUGUACCUUUUCAGCUUGAUGUUCAGGUUCGCCAAUUCGUGCACUUCAAGAAUCGGUCACUUGAACUCCUUUCCCUCGGUUCUGGGAACUUUAUCAAUGAAGAUGGAUUCCAUAGUGCAGUUUACAUGAUAGAUAUAGGACAAAAUGAUCUACUGGUCGCACUAUAUGCAGCAAAUCUCAGUUAUGCCCCAGUUGCAGCCAAAAUUCCAUCUUUUAUAGCAGAAAUCAAACUAGCUGUUCAAACGUUAUACCAGUAUGGUGGUAGAAAGUUCUGGAUACACAACACCGGGCCACUGGGUUGUGCUCCUAAAGAGCUUGCAUUACAUGCACACAAUGCUACAGACCUUGACAAAAUUGGAUGCUUCCGUGUCCACAACGAUUUAGCAAAACUUUUUAACAAAGGUUUACAUAAAAUGUGCAAAGAGUUGAGGUCGUUAUUGAAAGAUGCAGUUAUUGUGUAUGUGGAUGUGUACAGCAUCAAAUACAAUCUCUUCGCAGAGCCCUCAAAAUAUGGAUUUGUAGAACCAUUCAAGGCAUGCUGUGGGUAUGGAGGGCCUCCCAACAAUUACAAUGUGAAAGCCACAUGCGGGCAACCGGGGUACAGCAUAUGCAAUAAUGUAACAUCAGCCAUCGUAUGGGAUGGUGUCCACUACACAGAAGCUGCAAAUAGUGUAGUUGCUGCUACAAUUCUCUCCAGGUCAUCACUAAAACUAGAGCAGUUGACUUGA